AUGGGCGAAGCUGCCAAGCAUUUAGAUAGAUAUGGUUAUGGUGAUUAUGUAAAUGAUGGUGGUGGGGAUGAUAAUGGUGAUGGCAGUGGGGAUGAUAUUGGUGGUGGCAGUGGGGAUGAUAUUGAUGGGGGCAGUGGGGAUGAUAUUGGUGGCGGUGGGAAUGAUAGUGGUGUUGGUGGUGCAUGUGAUGGUGUUAGUGGUAUUUAUCGAGGUGGUAGUGAUGAUGGUGGUAGUGAUGAUAGCAGUGAUUCCAUUCCAUCCCUCCAUCUCAAGACCAUCCCAUCUCUCCAUCCAAGGUUAUCUCAUCCCUCCAUCUUUCCGCCUCCAACCCCUCCCUCUUUCUCCUUAGAUUCCAUUCCAUCCCUUCAUCUCACAGCCCAUCUCUCCAUCCAAGGUUAUCUCACCCCUCCAUCUUUCUGCCUCCCACCCCUCCCUCUUUCUCUUAAGAUUCCAUCUCGAGACCAUCCCAUCUCUCCAUCCAAGGUUAUCUCAUCCCUCCAUCUUUCCGCCUCCAACCCCUCCCUCUUUCUCCUUAGAUUCCAUUCCAUCCCUCCAUCUCAAGACCAUCCCAUCUCUCCAUCCAAGGUUAUCUCAUCCCUCCAUCUUUCCGCCUCCAACCCCUCCCUCUUUCUCCUUAGAUUCCAUUCCAUCCCUCCAUCUCAAGACCAUCCCAUCUCUCCAUCCAAGGUUAUCUCACCCUCCAUCUUUCCGCCUCCAACCCCUCCCUCUUUCUCCUUAGAUUCCAUUCCAUCCCUCCAUCUCAAGACCAUCCCAUCUCUCCAUCCAAGGUUAUCUCACCCUCCAUCUUUCUGCCUCCCUCUUUUUCCUUAG